AUGCCAUUGACUGGGUGGUUAGGUAGAGGCAAACGGCUACAAGUCGGCAUCUCAAGCACAUGCCUUCUAGCUUUCGUCUUAUUUGGCUAUGAUCAGGGUGUAUUUGGCGGCAUUCUCCAGAACGAAAACUGGAAAAACCAAUUCGAUCACCCUAACGAUGUGAUGACGGGAAUCAUUGUCAGCUCCUAUACUCUUGGCUGCAUUGGUGGCUGUGUCUUGAACUUCUUCCUCGGCGAGCUCCUUGGCCGACGCAGAGCCAUUCUUCUAGCUAUGGUCCUGAUCAGCAUUGGGGCAGUGCUACAAGCUGCAUCGUUCGGUCUGGUCGAGCUAUUCUUUGGGCGUGUCAUCACUGGUCUAGGUACUGGAAUGAAAUCUUCCACCGUCCCUUCAUAUCAAUCCGAACUCUGUAAACCACAUCUUCGCGGUCGACUGGUUUCGGCAGAACUUCUUUUCGUAGCAGUUGGGGUCGUCUUCGCAUAUUGGCUGGACUACGGUCUGUCCUUUGUCGGCGGCUCUCUUGCUUGGAGAUUCCCACUGGCAUUCCAGAUACUAUUCGCGGCUAUCGUUAUGAUUUUGCUCUACGACCUCCCCGAGUCCCCCAGAUGGUUGUUCAAACGCGGCGAGCAACAGAAAGCCAUCGAUGUUCUUUGCCGAGUCUUUGACGAAACCGAAGAUAGCGAGUUCAUCCAAGCCGAAAAGGCGUCUAUCAAUACAGCUCUCGAGCUCGAGUCACUCGAGAACAGUUCGGGAUUUUUCAGUAUUUUGAAAAAGGAUGCUGUGAAGACUCGCAGGCGAGUCAUAUUGGCCUAUGCUGUAAUGAUUAUGGAUCAAGCCACCGGCAUCAAUCUCGUUGUAUUCUAUGUUCCAUCUGCAUUGGUCCUAAACGUUGGCAUGGAUCCUAAGAUUGCCCAGAUUGUCUCAGGAUGUGUCCAGGUUGUCUUCAUGCUUGGGUCGUUGCUCCCCACAUUCGCUAUGGACAAGAUGGGACGUAGACGCACAAUGAUUUUUGGCACAUUUGGGCUUGGCUUUUCCAUGAUGAUGAUUGCCAUUCUGCUCAGCUUUGAAGGGAAUACAAAGACUGCAUCGGCAGCUGUUGCCUUCUUCUUCGUUUAUAUGUUGGUUUUCGGUCUGACUAUCAAUUGUGCGCCCUGGGUCUACGUACCCGAGAUUCUUCCUUUGCAUGCUAGAAUUCGAGGAUCCGCUUUGGCAAUUUCUUCAGAAUGGCUCUGGAAUUUCGUAGUUGUUAUGAUCUCUCCAGUCCUCAUCAACAGAAUUCAGUGGAAGGGAUAUCUCGUAUUCAUGGCCAUUGCGUACGCUUUUGUCCCGAUCAUAUACUUCUUCUAUCCAGAGACAAGUAAUCUCAGUCUCGAGGAGAUUGACUAUCUUUUCCUAGACGGAGGUGUAGCUGCAAAUGCAUUUGUACGUCCCGCCCGUGGCAAAGGAAAGCUGACCCACGGCGAUGUGGAAAUUAUCAGCAAAGAGAAGAAUGAGGUGUCUAGGAUGGAGAAGUAG